AUGGCUACCUCGUACCAAGACCGUUGCGCUCAAAAGCGCGCCGACCAGCUCUCCCUCAUCCUCCCCGAAUGGCGCUUAGAUCCCGUUCCCUCCAUAGAAUUCGCUCCAAAUGCUCUGGCAUAUCUGUGCCGCAUUCUCAGUCCAGAGGAACGGGCUCUUACAGAAGAGACCGAUAUCGCCGUCCUCCUCCGCAAGCUUUCAUCCGGAGAACUCUCAUCUCUAAAGCUGACCCGAGUCUUCGCCAAGCGCGCCGCCCUCGCCCACCAACUCACAACAUGCUGCACGGAGAUCUUCUUCGAGGAGGCCUUUGCCGUCGCUCAAGAAUUAGACGACUACCUCGCCAAGACAGGGAAGACUAUCGGCCCUCUACACGGAUUACCAGUAUCCAUCAAAGACCUAUUCUCUGUUCAAGGAGUAGACACUUCGAUCGGCUGGGUCGGCCUCACCAACAACCCAGCAAAAGCAGACAAAUCCGUAGCGCGGACACUCCGCCGUCUCGGCGCCGUCCUCUACGUGAAAACCAAUCUACCACAAUCAAUGAUGAUGUCCGACUCGUACAACCACGUCUUCGGGCAAUGUGUUAACCCUUUCAACCGCGAGCUGAUUUCCGGCGGGAGUUCCGGUGGAGAGGGAUCGCUUGUUGCGGCGCGUGGAAGUGUGCUUGGUAUUGGUACCGAUCUGGGUGGUUCGAUUCGGAUUCCUGCUGCGCUUUGUGGGCUUUAUGGUCUCUCGCCUAGUCCCGGGAGACAUCCGUAUGAGAGGGGGAAUCCCGGGCAGGAUAUUGUGAGAUCUGUUGCUGGGCCUAUGGCCUGCAGUCUUGCGACUAUUGAGAGGUAUAUGGAAGUUUUGCCGGACGCCAGGCCGUGGGAGGUUGAUCAUCAUGUUACGCCUGUUGCGUGGAGGAGAGAGUUGGCUUCUCCUGGUGCGAAGAGGUUGAGGAUUGGGUUUUUGGUUGAUGAUGGUGUUGUCAAGGUUCAGCCGCCGAUUGCGAGGGCUAUGCGUGAGGUUGUUGAUGCGCUGAAGGCGGCGGGACAUGAGGUGUUUGAGUGGGAUGCCUCUUCUCAUAGUUAUGCAUAUGACCUCUGGACAAAGGCUAUCUUCUCCGAUGGCGGCGAGGGCUGUCGAAGACAGAUCGAAAAAACCGGCGAGCCGCUUGUUGAGGGUAUGCUCGUUGGUAAACCCGAGGAUACUUUGACUACUAGUCAAACGCACCAACUCAAUGCGGACAAAUACAAUUUCGAAUCAGCAUAUCUUGAUAAAUGGAUAUCCUGCGAUAUCGACGCAUUAAUCAUGCCUAAUACCUCAUGGGUGGGAUACAAGCCGUGGACGUGGGUGAAGUCCAGUGCAUAUGUGGGCUACACGAGUAUCUGGAACCUCCUUGGCUAUGCCGCGCUGGCAGUGCCUGUGACUACUGCCUCGAGGACGAAGGAUGUUCCGGAUGAAGAGUGGCUGGCCCAUGUUCCCAGGAAUGAUAGUGAUAGAUUUAAUAAGCAGCAGUAUGACAUCAACCUGGUCGAGGGUAUGCCUGUCGGGCUACAGGUUGUUGGGGGCCGGUUCGGUGAAGAGAAGUGUGUUGCUGUGGCCAAGGCAAUUGAACAGGCUAUGCAGGGGAAGAUUCCCUCGUGGGCAAAUCUUUGA